ACGCGGGUGCGGUUGAUUUCCUCUUUCCAUCCUCGUAUCGCCUCCUUCCUUCGGGCAAACAAGGCUCAGCUCGACGCAGGGCUUACGCCUCGCGGUCCGUUUUCCGUUUAUGAACGUUUGCUCUGCUCUUGAGGGCGCUGGCAGGCAGCACCCGGUCGCCGCGGACACGCGUGCCUGUCCGGUCGGCCGGCUGUUCUGGACGGACUGGUGUUAGGACCCAGGAAGGACGCAGCAGCCAGGAGUAUAAAUAGAGAAGCAGAACGAAGUUUGAGGAGAGAGCCUGACAUCAUUCCCUCUCCACCCAGAGCUGGGGCCGGACGGGGCGUCAGCCUGAGUCAGAGCGGGAGCUGGGCAGCGGGGCGGGCGGGAGCUCGGGGACGACCUUCGGAGCCGUCCAGCUCCGCCCACGUCCAGGUGAGAGACGAGGGUCCGAGGGUCCGGCUGCCAGCCUGGCUGCAGACAGACAAAGACUCCGGAAAGGAAAGCAAACACGGACGGCCCCGCGGGGCUCUGUGAGCUGCGGCCAGUUGGGGACCGUCCUGGAAGGGUGCCGAUCGCUGAGAACGCUCAGGUUUGGGGACGAGGAGGAAAACAGCCGCCGGCUCUCCAGGACGGCUGCGUUUCACGCGCUAAAGAGAACCAGAUUUCUUGCUUUCCGGACCCUGUGAAAAUGUCCCUUUCCCAGGGAAGUGAAAGUUAGGGAGCACACGUUGUCACGGACGCUCAGGAAUUGCACUCGGAUCGCCUUUCAGCCUCCGAGAAGCCAUGAGGAAGCUGCUGUGUCUGUGCUGGGGGCACCCCUGGCUGCUGCUGUUUUAUUGCGAUUUUCAGGUGCGGACAGUCUACUCCAGGUCAGUGGCCCAUCCAGGGUUUGAGGUCUUGGCUUCUGCUUCCCAUUACUGGCCGCUGGAAACUGUGGACGGGAUCCAUGAACUUCAAGACACGACUGGAGUGUUGCGAACCCACAACCUCACUGUGCUUCCUUCCCAUAAUUCUACCUUUGUUCGUACCAAUGACUCUGCCUACUCAAAUUUCUCUGCAACUGUAGACAUCAUGGAAGGAAAAGUCAGCAAGGGUGUUUACCUCAGAGAGGAGAAGGGAGUGACCCUUCUCUACUACGGCCAGUACAACACAUCCUGCAUCAGCAACCCGGCAAAGUGCGACCCCGACGGGGUCACGUUUUCUUUUUUCUGGAAGACGCACGGAGAGCAGUCCAGACCGAUCCCUUCGGCAUACGGGGGACAGGUCAUUUCUGAAGGGUUCAAGGUCUGCUCCAGUGGCGGCAAGGGCUCCGUGGAGCUGUACACACGGGAGAACGCCAAGACGUGGGAGGCCACCUUCAGCCCGCCAGGUCCCUACUGGACUCAUGUCUUGUUUACAUGGAAAUCCAAGGAGGGUCUGAAAGUCUAUGUCAAUGGGACCCUGAGCACCUCCGACCCAAGCGGCAAAGUGUCUCAUGCCUACGGGGAGCCCAGCGUCAACCUCGUGAUCGGGUCUGAGCAGGACCAGACCAAGCGUUAUGAGGUCGGAGCUUUCGAUGAGUUCAUCAUCUGGGAACGGGCCCUGACCCCGGACGAGAUCGCCAUGUACUUCACAGCUGCCGUUGGAAAGCAUGCUUUGUUGUCUUCGACGCCACCAAGCUUCUUCAUGACACCCCCAGCCAGCACUGUGCUGCCCACCAACGCCUACCACCCUAUCAUAACCAACUUGACGGAGAAGAGAAAAAACCUCCAGAGUCCAGCAACGGUACUGAGUUACCUGCGAAACGUGUCCCUCAACUUACCCAGCAAGCCCCUCUCCCAGGAAACAGCGCUGAACCUCACCAAGGCUUUCUUAAAAACCAUGGGAGAGGUUCUUCAACUGCCCAGUUGGAUUGAUGUGUCAGAGGACAACGCCAUCGUGCUGGGCUUGAUAGAGACCGUCGACACCGUCACGGGCCACAUCUCUUCCAACAUGCAAGCCAGCGACCCCCAGGUCACCAUCGUUGGCUCUUCCUCCAUGGCAGAGUUCUCUGUGGCCAAACUCCUACCCGAGGCCAUAAAUUCCUCCCACUACCGCUUCCCGGCUCAGGGGCAGAGCUACAUCGAGGUUCCCCACGAGGCUUUCUGCAGCCAAGCCUGGACCACCAUCGUGGGCCUUCUCUACCACACGAUGCACAAUUACCUGGACAACAUCUGGCCAGCCAAGACCAAGAUUGCUGAGGCAGCAAAUUACAAAACCCACCCGCUGUCUGCAGCCAGCUACCUGAUUUCCCUGGAGGUGUCCCCACCGCCGACACUGUCCCAGAACUUGUCAGGAUCUCCUCUCGUCACGGUCCAGCUCAGGCACAGACUGUCCCGCCGGCAGCGCAGCGAGGCCACCAACAGCAGCAACCAGGUCUUCCUGUAUUGUGCCUUCCUGGACUUCAGCUCCGGAGAAGGGGUCUGGUCCAACCAGGGCUGCGUGCUCGCGGAAGGGAACCUCAGCUACUCCGUCUGCCGCUGCACUCACCUCACCAACUUCGCCAUCCUGAUGCAGGUGGUCCCGCUGGAGCUCACACAAGGACAGCAGGUGGCGCUCUCGUCCAUCUCUUACAUCGGCUGCUCCCUGUCCGUGGUCUGCCUGGUGCUCACGCUGGUCACCUUCGCCAUGCUCUCCUCGGUCAGCACCAUCCGGAACCAGCGUUACCACAUCCAUGCCAACCUGUCCUUCGCUGUCCUCGUGGCCCAGAUCCUUCUGCUCGUCAGCUUCAGCUUCACGCCUGGCACAGUCCCCUGCCAGGUGCUGGCCGUGCUCCUGCACUACUUCUUCCUGAGUGCCUUUGCCUGGAUGCUGGUGGAAGGGUUGCAUCUCUACAGCAUGGUGAUCAAGGUCUUUGGCUCAGAGGACAGCAAGCAUCUCUACUAUUAUGGGAUAGGAUGGGGUUUUCCUCUCGUCAUUUGCAUCAUUUCCAUAUCGUUUGCCAUGAACAGUUAUGGAACAAAUAACAACUGCUGGCUCUCCAUCACGAGCGGCGCCGUCUGGGCCUUCGUGGCCCCUGCCCUGUCCAUCAUUGUGGUGAACGUUGGCAUCCUCGUCGCCGUGACCAGGGUCAUUUCACAGAUCAGCGCUGACAACUACAAGAUCCAUGGGGACCCUAGUGCCUUCAAGUUGACGGCAAAAGCUGUGGCCGUGCUGCUGCCCAUCCUGGGAACCUCGUGGGUCUUCGGCGUGCUCGCUGUCAACAGCCAGGCCGUGGUCUUCCAGUACAUGUUUGCCGUUCUCAACUCCCUGCAGGGGUUUUUCAUCUUCCUUUUCCAUUGUCUCCUGAAUUCAGAGGUGAGGGCCGCCUUCAAGCACAAAACCAAGGUCUGGACCCUGACGAGUAGCUCCAACCGCAACGCUAACGCGAAGCCCUUCAGCUCUGACAUCAUGAACGGGACCCGGCCGGGCACAGUGUCCACCAGGCUCAGCCCCUGGGACAAGAGCAGCCAAUCUGCGCACCGUGUGGACCUGUCUACCGUGUGAGCAGGGAGGCUGCAGCCGCCGUCCUGCUGCUCAGAACACCCCCCGCGGACGAACCACGAGAAGCCCUCUGCCUUCACCACGAGACCCUCUCCUCGCUGCUGUCUGGAUACGGGAGUCGUGGCCCCCGGGACAGGCUUCCUUGCCUCCCACCCGCCCCGUGUGACAGAGCCCCCCGGCUCUGAUGGGCCCGCAGCCCUCCCGGCUCUGGUCCUCCUGUGGCCGAGCGACUGUCCCCC